ACGAAGGUGUUGUUUAUUCGCAGUUGACAACGGUGUCCUAGGGAUCAGUGGGAUUUCACAGUCAUCGUACUAUUGUUUCCUUCCGGUCGACGGCCGACGGACUGAGCGAAACGGUUGUGUGACUUAUCUGACGGAAUUUCGUUUUUUUUUGGCGUGGCGGUUUUGCUCAACAAUUUGCGAGUAUCCAGCUGUCAAUGACUGAUUACAAGCCCUGAACCAAAGACAGAUGACGUACAGAGGUGAGGCAAACCUGCAACUGGUGUGAAUAUUUCUGUGAUCGAGGAUAGACAUCACAUGGGCACGGGUGGAUCUGUAUCUACCACAGCAGUGACUGCAUUGUACCGGUAAUUAGUCUAAGGACACAGGAAACACUAAGCAAUACAAGGACAGUUUAGAACCGUGGAACUUCUCAGCUUAUUUUUCUACAGAAGUUCAAAGCAUUGGAGGGAAUGCCUAACACGAAAUGAGUAUUUGUUUUGUUGUAUGACAUGGAGAAGUAUGGUGAGCUGUACCCUGGAUAGUAUCUUUCACUUUGCCUAAUUGUCGGAGCGAUCUGUGAAGAGGAAGUUGGGGUGGGCCCGACAUCAGAGCCAGGAAGGAAACUGGUUGGCACAGCAAGGACACGUGCACCUUGGUUUAUUGCAUAGCGGAGAGAUAAUGACAGGGAGAUUGCAGGCGUGACAUGCGCAAUGGCCGCACAGGGAAGGAGUAGCAUGUAUCCGGCCUACAUGCACAACAGCAGCAUGCCGCAGUCCAGCGCACAGUCCCACUUGAUCAAGAGCGUGAGACAGGGUGCCGCACAGAUGGCCGAGUACUACCACAGCACCAUGGUGCCCAACGGUCGGGUGUCCCCUCCAGGUGGCAGGGACGCCAGCGACAAGUUCUACUCUACUGGUACCUCCCGAUCGGAGGGCCGGAGGAUACCCAGCAUGGACGAUCCAUUGAGGAACAAGGAAGACUCGGAUAGGUACACCCACAGUAGCAGCAGUAGCAGUGGAGGUUUGCCCUCAGGACAAUUCUUAGCCACCCCAGUGAAAGUUGAGGACAAGUACGACGGCAACUAUGAGGAGGUCAGAGGGGGCAGUAGGCUGGGGCAAGAGGGUGAGGUGAGACCGGCUCUCGCCCAGGAAUCACGGACAAGCACAGCUACCAGGGUACAACUGACCAGGAAUCAGGACCAGAUUGGUACCCCCUCAGGGAGCAGGGGUCAGUUUUGGAGAGAAGGACUGCCAGAUGAGAAAAGGACUCGUGCAACUGGUAGUCCGCACCGUCGGCACAACACCAGUCCUGACAACAAGUACUUUGUAUCUGCUCAGGGACACGCAGAGGCUUCCCGACAGGCUGCCUUGACGACGGAUAACGUGAGGAGCUUGGCACGUGGUGACCGCGUGCAGCUGCGACGAAGCAACAGUAAUUCCACCCUCAACGAAAUCACGGACCGAAUGGAGUAUCACAACAACCCCUUGUUGCCAAGGCGGGAAUACGGCAGCACGUCAUCCAUUGAUGUGCAGAGCGUGAGUGGUGAAAGUUUCUUCCAGAUGCUGCAGGACUACCGGGCGGACGUUGACCAAAGAAGUCCCGCCCCGCCGCAAUUGAACAGACUGCUUCAGGGAAAAGUUGGCAGCUCCGUGCCCUUGAAUGACACAGAAAGAGGAAUUUCUAAACAGUCAACAGCUGCCGAGAAAUCUGCGAGCAAAGAGCUCUUGACAGCUAAAGACAGCAUCGACAAUGCCGACUUUGGCGGGAGUCCCCGGAUCACCCGGAAGCAGAGCAAGCGCAACAAGAAGAACAGAAACAAGUCCACCUCAGGGACGGAUCAGUCCUUCUUCAAGAAGAAGCUGCGCAGCAGCAUGAAAGGCAGCGACCGAGCAGAGGCUCUGGAGAGAACGGGCCGAGCGGCCGGGGAGGAGGAUGACAUCACCCUGGAGGACAGAAUGGAGGAAAGGACAAGGCAGCUUGCCUUCCAGCACUAUGAUGUGCAGAGUACCUACUUUGACAUGCAGGACGCCAUCAGGAAUCGUAAGGCGACAGAGAGGAAGAGAAACACCACCACCGGUGCCUCAGCUGCCUCCAGACACAGUGCUAACAACACGCCAGAGGGGAGUCUGGAGGAUCUUCUUAAGGUGGAACAGCUGGCAGACGAUGGGGACGGCCGGGGGAACCUGCUCAUCCACAGCUGCCCCUUCUUCCGCAAUGAGAUUGGUAACGAGGUGGAGCCCCGCGUCUCCUUCUCCCGGAUCGGCAUGCUGAACGCCCGGGCCAUGCACCGGGAGAAGCACCGGGCCAUCCUGGAGGCGGAGCCGGAGCCUGAGAGGAGGGCAAGCCUAAACUGGAAGGGCCCCGUCAUUGAGUUUGUGGAUCAUGGCGCCAUGUACUACAGGAAAUACUUCUAUGGGUUUGAGCACCAGAAUUAUUUUGGCUUGGAUGAAAACUACGGGCCGGUGGCAAUCAGUAUACGAAGAGAAAGCAGGUUGGAUGAGACAGACGGGGCGACGGAGAGCAAAGAGAAAGACAAAGAUGCCGCCGGCAAGUACCAGUACAGGAUCAUCGUCAGGACCUGCGAGCUGGUCACCCUGCGCGGUGUCAUCGCUGAGGAUUCCAUCCCUUCUACCGCCAAGCACAACUCCCCUAAGGGCUUCCCCCUCAAGGACGUCUUGGAAUAUGUGGUCCCCGAUCUACCCUUGGCUUGCCUCAGGCUGGCCCUGUCAUCUGCCAAGGUUACUGAGCAACUACUAAAACUGGAUGAGCAAGGGGUGAGCAAUAAAUAUAAAGUGGGCAUAAUGUUAUGCAAGGCUGGGCAGAACACAGAGGAAGAGAUGUAUAAUAACGAGCACUCCACACCGGCCUUUGAUGAGUUUCUCGAGUGUAUCGGUGAGCGGGUUAGACUGAAAGGGUUUGACAAAUACAGAGCUCAACUAGACAACAAGACCGAUUCCACCGGUACCCACUCUGUGUAUGCGACGUACCAGAAACACGAAAUCAUGUUCCACGUGUCGACAAUGCUCCCGUUCACCGCUAACAACAGGCAGCAGUUGCUGCGAAAGAGACACAUUGGCAAUGACAUCGUCACCAUCGUGUUCCAAGAGCCGGGGGCUGAGCCGUUCACGCCCAAGACAAUACGUUCGCAGUUCCAGCACGUGUUUGUGGUUGUGCGGGCCAUUGACCCCAACACAGACAAUGUGUUCUACACGGUUGCCGUGACAAGAUCCAAGGAUGUAUCAGCUUUUGGGCCUCCUCUGCCAGCUAACGCUACCUUUCCCAAGGGACCCACCUUCUCUGAAUUUUUGCUCGCUAAGAUCAUAAAUGCAGAAAAUGUUGUCCACAAGUCUGACAAGUUCAUUGCCAUGGCAACCAGAACAAGAUGCGAAUACCUGAAGGACUUGGCAGAGAACAGCGUGACGACGACCACCGUGGAGUCGGGCGCUAAAAGCAGCAAGUUCAGUCUCUCGCACAAGAAGAAAGAAAAGGCAUGCCCCCGACCAGCCCCCGACAUCCAGUGCAAGGGAGCCCUCACAUGGCGAGUGGAGGUCUAUCUCUGGUCCCCCAUCUGGACUGACCAGGACAUGAAGGUCGAUGAGUUCAGUCUUUCCGAUCCUGUGGAGUGCAUCUGUGCCAUCUCUCCAGAGCUCUUCACCCUCGUCAGGGAGGCCAGCAAGGAGGUGAUCUUCAGCAUCCCUUGCAAGGCUAUCAUAGGGUGGACGGACACUCACCACAAUUUGAAGGUUUACUUCAACGAGGGGAACUGUGUACGGAUUCGCCUACCUGAGUAUGAACUAGAUGAGAUUCCUGGCAUCGUGAAAAGACUCGAGGCUGUCACCUCGGGAGUCAAGACUCAGGAGAUCACCUUGCUUCGUAACGGUCUUGGCCAGCUUGGAUUCCAUGUGCACUACCAGGGCAUUGUAGUUGAGGUGGAUCCCUACGGGUGGGCGUGGCAAGCUGGAUUAAGAAAAGGGGCGAGACUUGUGGAGAUCUGUGAGAUUGCCGUCUGCACUCAAAGCCAUGAUGAAAUGAUUGAUCUGCUGAGGACGUCACAAACCGUCAAGGUUCUGGUUGUACCGCCCCACGAAGACGGAAGCCCAAGGAGGGGAAGUACGCCCAUUGACUACGAUGCAUCUCUCCCUCACACCGGCAAGACGCCGUUCAACCGUAGCUACAGUAGCGGCAAGGCGGGUCACAGCUACCGAGCACCCAUCACCAUCAACAGAGAUGGUAAGGCUAGUCAAGGUUCUCAUACCAGAUCAGCGACUACACCUGGCACCACUCUCUCAGCACACGGACGGACGCCCUCUGACCUUUCACGAUCCAGCGAAGACCCGGACAGCAUCCCCAGCAAUGCCGUGCGCAAUGCCAUUGCCACGCUGGAGCGCCGCAUCCACCACCAGCCCGAGUCACGCGUCGGGGGCCAGCACCGGUACCGCGCCACCGUCAACUACUGGAAGGAGGUAAACCAGGCCAACCGGGUGGGCAUGGCCCAACGGGAGCCCGGCAGCCUGCCCUCCUCGGGCCACGGCACGCUGGACAGCCGGAGCUCGCGAGACGGGAACGAGGCGAUGACCACGGCCUUCUCGCGGAUGGCCCAUGACCGGCGCAGCGCCCGAGAGAUCCGGACGCCGCGGAUGCAUGACAUGCCGGAGAGGCUGCGCAGCUCACAGGAGGAGCUUGAGCAGAUCUCGGCCCUGGCCGCAGUCCAACAAGCCAGGUUAAGAAACUCCCAGGAGGAACUUCACAGGGUGGCAACUGGAGGAUCCCACUCACGACAGAGCUCAACUGAAGAUAAACUGGAUCAUCCACAUCCAAGAGGCAGAGUCUUGUCCGAUUCGUCCAAAUCGUCAUGGCAACAUCCAGCCAGACUUCCACAGUCAGCCACUUUCCCAGAAAGCAAUCGCGACAGAAGCAAUCCUCAAUUUGCAACGUCCAACAGUCACUACAGAGGGGCUUCUGUCAAGCACUCACGCAGUGGAGACACCCUGUCGUCGAACAAUAGUGAUGAAAAGUGGUAUGACACCCAUGAUGACAUGAACGGUUACCAUGACAGCCGACUGUCCAGGUCACGUGACAACAUUGCCGAGCCCAGCUACAGCACAUCAACCACAGCGGGAAUAUCAUCCCACCAUGUAUUCCCCGGGGAGUACCGCGACUCCGAUGCGUACGGCAAGCCCGAGAGGUACAGCCCCACUGAGCACCUGUACCCAGACAGGAUGUCGUCGGAUGCAGAGCCACAGCUGCAGCAGCAGAGAACCGGGGGUCGCCCAGCGCCAAUCUCCAGCAACGUGGUCUUGCCGGCUCCCAGCAACUCCAACCUGAGCGAUGUGUCGCUGCACUCCCACUCCACCCAUUCCAGUGGUUCCAGCCAGCGAGGUGGUGGGGAAUACCGGGGGGCUGAGCUGGGCCCACGAGCCCACACCGGGGCCGGGACCUUUCCCCGCGGCCCCGUAGCCGCUCACAGCCCAGAGCUGAGCCGUCGGACCACUGUGCACGGGAACCCGGUCCAGGGUAGAGCAGAUUACGUAUCCAGCGGGCACAGGAGGGCAGGUCCCUCUGCGUCCUCUAGCAGCAGUAUCAGUGAGACCAGCAGCCCCAGGAUCUCACGCAGGAGGACAACAGAGGUACGGAGUUCCAACGACUCAUUGAACACUCGUCUCCGACAGGGCCAGUCGGGAUCCAAGUCCCUCCCAGCGAACAACGAGCUCCAGGAGAACCUGCGCAAGCUCAUCGCUCCGGAGUCCCUCAACACGGAUGCCCUGUCGCCGUCCGUAACCACAUUGUCAGGUGGAGGAGCUCACCAGGCCGCUCUACCCCGUGAGCAUGCUCAGACCAACCGGCUGGGCCUCCUGCAUCGCACCUACUCAGACGAGAGCAUCGCGGCUGGAGGUGGGCCUUACAACCGUCCAGGCCGCCAUGACCAGUACGACAUGGACCUCUCCAACGAUGUCCUGUUCACAAGUGCCAAGUCUCCACAGCUAGAGAGUACUCCAGUGCCUGAUAAUCAGCAGUACAAAGUUGUCCGAUUUGCCGCAGUGCAACCGAUAAGGACUGCUAACAAAACCAAGACAAAGGCAAGAAAAAGCAGUGAUGAUUUGAAUGCCAACAAUAAUCGAGGGACCUCCAACCCAUCCCUCUUUCCGCUACCCGAUUCUGCCGCCCAUUUAGACUGGCAUAACCUUGUGGAGACAGCCAAUGCCUUCCAAGACACAGGCUUGGAUCAUCAAAGCUUCAAGUCGGCCUCCUCCAACAAGCUCAGCGAUCUACGAGACGGUGCCAGCCCUUCCCACCAGCCCUUCCACCACUCAAGCGGGGCCAGCGUGGACAGGCGGAAGCAACUGAGCCAGAGUACCGAGGCCCUCUCACCCUCUGCCUCUCGCCGGGCCCGCCCUCUGCUCAAGACUGACUACGACACUCUGAAGUACGCCAGCCCGACACUCGACGCCAGCGCCGCGAAACGAUCCACCCAACAGCUGGAGCUGGAACUCAGGAGAACGCAGGAGAGGCUGGAAAUGGAGCGUAAACAGAAAGAAGAGCUCGCAGGCCAAGUCCACAAACUUCUCCAUGACAACAAGAGACUGCAGGGGGAAUCAGCAUCCACGGCAGAGCAGCUCCAACAAUUCACCGACUGGUUCUUCAAUGCCAUCGAGAAGUAACGAAUCUUUCCAACCCAAAAAGAAAGGACAAAAAAAAAAAAAUCAAUCCGUUAUAUAAGUGUGUGAUGUUUAAGUCCAUGGAAAUGUAUCCACAGCCUGUAAUGUCGGAAUCUGCUUCAACUUUUUUUCUGGUUUUAGCUUUAAUUAUUGUGAUCAGCUUAUGUUUUUUUGCAGUUGUACAAUUUUUGUUCUGAGCAGCUUUCAAACAUGUUCCCGAAGUGUACUACAUCCAUAAUGAAUGUACAAGUACAUAUGUAGGUACUUCAUAGACCGUCUGGGGCUUUGAAAGUUGCAUGUUUAAGAUAGACCCUUUUAUUUUAUUCGAAAUCAAACCAUAACCAGGUGCACCCAUCAUGUUGUGCUGAGAUUCAAAAUGAAAUUGCCUGAACUCAUUUGGAAUUUUCGUUUUGUUAAAGAAUGCAUGCUAACCAACAAAUCAUGAGAACAGUGUUGGGGCCCUUUUUAAUAGCUCUUAUAAAGGGUGUUAAAAAAUGCAAACAAAAAAAAACCAGAGCAAGGAAAACAAGUCAUGUGAAACAGAAAUGACUUACAAGUUGAAAAUAAACAUAAAAGGAACGCAAGAGAUCCUCUCAAAUGAUUCCUCAGUCAUUCAGAACAGACAUAAUUUGCAAUUGAUAGGAAUGUACUCUUUUUUUUUUGAUAACCACAGGUUUUAAGUGAGGGUUUUGGCAGUUUGCUGUCAUGAACUGUGAGGGGUAAAUUUUUUGCCACAAUUCAGCAAUUCCGGACAUUUGUGCUGUUUUGUCAUAUCUCACAGACCAGUGAAUUGGUUUUGCUGUUCAGCCUCUGCAGUGAUGCCAUCUGGAAUCGUACCUUGAGGUUUUACAGGAACUGACUGAAGUGAACUGGCUAUGUGGAAUUUUUCCGGGGUGGGGGGGGAGGUAAUUUGCGGGGAACAAGAGAUGAAGGAAUUUUGUAAAAUGCUGUGAAGGGGUGUCCAUUCCCAAUCCACAAGCAACGGAUGUGUCUAUUAAAGCUGUAGUUCUCACUGUGGGAAGAGCAGUAGAACAUAGGCUGGUUUUGGAGUAGAGGUGCACGGAAAGCAGGGGCGACACUAUUCAAGGUCUUAUCUCGUUGAGGCAGUGAAGUGUGGUUUUUGUGUUUGUAACAAUUAUCGAUGGGGGCAAACUCGUGGAUGUAUAAAUUCGGGGAAGGACAUGGCUGAAGGGCUCCAGGCUGGCUUCGCAAGUUCGGAAUUUGUUCAGAUGACACACGUGAAUAUCCACUCUUUUGGGUAGGUGAGAAAGAAUGCAGUUUCAAUCUGAAUCGCAUUGCAUGGUAGUUACAAGGUGCUUGUACCAUAAACUGUAUGCCCUGUUGUAAUGUUUACUGCAGAAAGCAAACAAAUCAAGUGUUAAGAAAAACAGAGGCUUCACCCAAACUCACUGCCAUUUUUGUGCUUUUUUAUGCUGAUAAUUUUUUUUUUACAUCGUGCAGGUAUUUUGAAUGAGUAAAACACAAUUUGUACACUUUUGGCUGUUUAUCUUGUACAGGUUCUUGGUGUGUGACAUGAUUACUUCCACAUUUUUGCUUUGCAAACGGCCAAAUCUUAAAGACCCAAUUUGAAAGGGAUUCCAAACUUUGCCCAAUAAAGGUGUUCUUAGCUUACUCACAACAAGAAUAAGAAAUUUAAAAACAAAUGCAGCGUGUGUUUUGCAUUAUCCUGGUAAGUAAUCCCAAUGUGUGCUGCAGUUCCUCAAAGUCUCCUUGUCACUCUGUCUGCAACUUUGCACCAUUUGCAAAAACCCUCAUUUGCGAUGAAGGAAAUCAAACAUGUUUAAUUGAUAAGAUUCCAAGUCCACAUAAUGCUGUUUCAAACAUUUCCCCUGAGCUUUGAAUGCCUGAUGCUGAGUAUCCUCCCUGAGAGGAGAAAAAAAAAUCAACUUUACUCCAAAUAUUGUUAUCAAUUUAUUUUCUAAACAUUGGGCAAAAGAAAAAAAAUGAUGGGCUUUUAAGAAACAACAUUACAGUUUAUUGUAGCUUUCACAACAAUAAAUUUGUAAGUACAACACCAGCACGUUGUAAUUAACUUUCUUUGGGGGUUGUCUCUCUAACUGCACAAUCCAUCUUUAGGCCAAAUAAUAGACCUUUCUUCUCAGCUCUCAGCCUUGUCUGUUGCCUGUUCAAGCCUUGUAAAUAAUUAUGAUUAUUAUUAAUCUUGUUUUUUACUAGUUGUACAUGACAAAAAUGUUGGCAUACAUCUUAUUUCCUCUGCAGUGUGCCAAUUCUAUUUUUCCAGAGUAUCGACCUUGUAUGCCAGUUGAUAUCUUUUGUAGAAGAAAAUCCAAGAGUGUAAAAAUGUAGCUCAAUUUGGGUAUAAAUAGUACAGUCUGUGCUCCUUUGGUACAGGCAAAACAGCAGCAGUAUUGUGUAAUAUAACUGAGUUGCUUUGUAUAGGUGACUAACAAAAGAUUUGAUAUCGUGCAUGUGUUGAAACAUUAAGUAUUUAUACAUAAUACAUAUAAAUUGCAUUUUGUUCAGUUGCAUUUUCUAUAAAGUAUGUCAGGUUUGUUCUGUUUUACCUCCUCUUGCAAACGAAAUAGAGAAAGACAAUUCUUUAUUCUCUAGGUUUAUACUUGUGUGGAGGUUGGUAGAAUUAUUUGAGGUUGUGAUGGACCCUGUGCAUACAUCAGCCAUCAACAUCUUAAAAGGUUUUUGUUGCUGUUAUUUUAAUAUGUAUCUCUGGUGAACAAAACUCCAAGAUGGCUGUCUGUGUUAAUGCGCUGUUUUGACUCCUAAUAAUGCAGUUGCUGCUCCAGAAGGAGCCACCCCUGUUGCCUCAACCCCUUCAUUUUUUUCUUGCUUUUAGAAAGACAAAUUUCCUUUGCUCUAGUUCUUCAUCUUUCCCUCAGCUGGUUAUUCAAUAACUUUACCAACAGUGAAUGCCACUGAAAAAAUACACACACUCGUAUGUUUGGGUUUAUCUCAACUUGGGCGCCCUCCCUUUGGUAAACGCUGAAUCUGCACCUGUAAUGGCCCACAUCUGGCAACAAGUCCUAAAUGAUUGACACUGGAUGACAUUUUAAGGUUCUGGAUGUCAAAUAUAACAGCAGAUACUUUGCGCAACUUGACUUUUGAGUAUAGAGGCUUUGCAUGGCAGCCAUCUUGCAGGGCGGUUCUUUUGUUCCAUAGGGAAACCUCUUUUGUGUAUACCCUGUGGAACAAAAGCCCUGGACUGCAAGACGACAGUCAUACAAACCCUCUAUUCAAAAGAAUGCCAGCAUAUUACUAAGCACCGUGUCUAUUUCUGUUUUCAUUUGUGGAUUGUCACAUGAAAUUUUGAAUCAUAUCUGUUUCACAAAUUCCUUCUCUGCUUACCUCUUCAGAUCUUUUGUACUUCUAAUAUUAACAUACCACUGUGGCUUUUCUUUUAAUAAUUAAAGAUAACAGAUUUUGUAUAUAUGUGCACUUUACGCUGUACCAGCUUUUGCAAGGUUGGUUAUUUAAGUACCUCUUGUACAAUUCUAUACGCUGGUACUUGAUAUUGAUAAUUAUAUUAAAAAUAAAUGUCAAGUUGGUGAGGACAUUUAACAGUGAAGUAAUGAGUUGUCUUUGUUAAUUUUUUUUAAUUCAUUGGAGGAAUUUCAAAGUCAACAGGCAGAGCUGUGGCUAGGAUAAGAGAAUUUUACAUCCACAGAAAACAAGGAAAGAAAUAACACAAUCAUGAUCAAAAUUAAUUGCAAACAACAUUAUUCAUAA